AUGGCCUUUGCCACAGAGGAGAUUAAUGAAACACCCCAUCUUCUGCCAAAUGUCACUCUGGGGUUCAAGAUGUAUGACUCUUGCUUUUCUGAAGCAAGUGCAAUUGAAGGUGUCCUUUGGAUGUUAUCUGGAAAACAGAAGCCUGUUCCAAACUAUUCCUGCCAAAGCUAUCCAUAUUUAGCCUGUAUCAUUGGUGAUGACCAGUCCUCCUCAUCCAUCCCAAUGGCACGGAUCAUGGGGCUAUACAGAUACCCACAGAUCAGCUACGGUUCUGCAGUAGCGCUACUUAGUGACAAAAUUCAGUUUCCCUCAUUUUUACGCACUAUGCCAAGUGACAGCUAUCAUUAUGUGGUGAUGUCCAAUCUGAUUAUCCAUUUUGGCUGGACAUGGAUAGGAAUUGUAGCAUCUGACAAUGACUAUGGAAUACUGGGCAGCCAAAAUGUAAAGAAAGAGAUUAUUAAACGAGGAGGUUGUGUUGCUUUUAUCGAAAUCCUUUCUCUAUCAAAUGCUGCCCAAAAGGUACAGUCUAUCACUGAAGUGAUUAAACAGGCAACUGUGAAUGUGAUUGUUGUAUAUUCUACAAAGAUGGAGGUGGUGCCACUAAUGAUAGAAGCUGCCAGAAAAAACAUUACAGGCAAGGUGUGGAUUGCUACCAUAGCCUGGAUGAUUUCUCCAGUUUUCUCUAUGAAAGAGCUUGAGCAAACAUUGCAUGGGACAUUUGGACUGGCACCACAUAAAGGGGACAUUCCUGGCUUUACCCAGUUUAUUUACAACCUACAUCCCUCUAAGUUUCCAAAAGACAUCUUUAUUAAAGAAUUCUGGGAAACAGCAUACGGCUGUAGUUGGCUAAAUCAGGAUAAGGCACAACACAGUACAAAUACCAGUAAAAAGAUCCUGUUUUGUACAGGUGAAGAAAAUUUGGAAGAGUUUCAUUUCUCCAUCUUUGAUAUGUUUGACUAUAGAUAUGCCUACAACACAUAUGAUGCUAUUUAUGCGGUGGCAUAUGCACUACAUAACAUGUUCUAUUGUCAGUAUUCUAAUCAGCAGUUUUAUAACAAAACGUGCUCAAGUAUCGAUGGAUUUAAGCACUGGCAGCUCCUGUACCACCUACAGAAUGUGCAUUUUAAAAACAAAGCAGGUGAAGAAGUAUUCUUUGACAUGCACGGUGACCCUCCAGCCAUUUAUGACAUAUUAAACUGGCAAUUACAUCCUAAUGGAUCGAGCAUGUAUGUGUCAGUUGGAACUGCUAACUCUCGUGCUCCUCAGGGACAAGAAAUUAAGAUGAACGAGAGUAUUAUUCUGUGGAAUGGGGAAAAUAAACAGGUUCCACAAUCAACCUGCAGCACCCACUGUCUUCCUGGGUUCAGGAAAGUUCCUCAUCAUGGCCAGCCAAUCUGCUGUUUUGACUGUAGCCCAUGCUCGAUUGGAGAGAUCUCUAACCAGUCGGAUGCCAAUGGUUGUUUCAGGUGUCCAGAGACACAGUGGCCAAGUGAGGAUCAAGACUGGUGUAUUCCAAAGUCUAUAGAAUUCCUUUCCUUCGAAGAGCCUCUUGGAAUGACUCUGGCAGUAUCUGCAGUGUUCUGCUCUCUGGUUAAUAUUUCCAUUCUGUGCGUAUUUGUUAAGUUCAACACAACUCCAAUAGUGAAAGCCAACAACUGGAAACUCAGUUACCUUCUUCUCCUCUGUCUGACAGCUGGCUGCCUUUGCUCCUUGGUAUUCAUCGGAAAACCCCAGACAAUCAACUGCAUGCUUCGCCAAACUGCUUUUGGCAUUAUUUUUUCCACCUGUGUGUCCUGUAUUCUAGCUAAGACUGUCACAGUGGUCAUUGCGUUUAGAGCCAGUAAUCCUCACAGCAGUUUGAAGAACUGGGUAGGACCUACAAUGCCGACUUUCAUUGUCAUUGUCUGCCCAUUGCUGCAAGUUGUGUUGUGUGUAAUAUGGCUGACAACAUUUCCACCACUCCCAUACUUAAAUAUAAAAUCUGAAAAUGCCAAAAUGAUUUGUGAAUGCACAGAAGGAUCUGCUAUCUUUUUUUAUAGCAUGCUGGGGUAUAUGGGUCUCUUGGCCAGUGUAAGCCUAGUGGUAGCCUUUCUUGGAAGAAAAUUGCCCGAUUCUUUUAAUGAAGCAAAGUUUAUUACAUUCAGUAUGAUUGUUUUUAUCAGUGUCUGGUUUUCCUUUAUUCCAGCUUACCUCAGUACAAGAGGGAGGUAUACAGUUGCUGUGGAAAUAUUUGCCAUCUUGUCCUCUAGUGCUGGAAUGAUGUUCUGUAUCUUUUUCCCUAAGUGUUACAUUAUCCUCUUAAGACCCAGUUUAAACACCAGGGAGCAUUUGAUGUCAAAAACAAAAUCUUUCAGUCAGAAAUUUUAA